GCUGUCUAUGUAUCCUGCUGUUUCUUUCGAUCUAGAUAUGAUAUAUUGAUACACACCAAGCUAAUUUAAUAAGAGAGCUGUACAAAGCCUUAUGUUUAACUCUCUUACAUAAUCAAUCCAAAGCAUCUUGCCGAACAAAGUUUAAUAGGAUUUCCAGCAUAGAAGAAAUCUUUUCGCAAAUAUGAGUAGUGUAGGGACAGGAGAAGAAGAGAUGGUUCCUAGUUUCACUUGCAUUCCCACAUAGCACACAAGUGUCAUCAAUGGAAGAAGACCAAUUUUUCUGUCUAGACCUGGUAGAGAGUCUAUCUAAUAUAGCCAGCCAAGCAAUAAAAUUAUGUUUGGGAAUAGAAUUUGAGUACCAAAUGAGUCUGAAUCAGGGUACCUUAGAUCUUUUUUCUCUAAGGAAGUUCCAAGUAGCACCUGUUUGAAAAGAACCUGAUGGAGAACCCAACCAAACAACCUGAUCCUCCAUAGCUUAAUUAGGAUAUAACGUUCCACACGAAGCCAUUUGAAUCUGCUGCAGUUCAGGGGACCUAGCAGGAGGCCAUUUCCAAUAAUCCCCCUGGAUUUCAUGAGACAGUUUUGCUUGAGAGGGAAUGGCUGCAUCCCAUAUAAUUUUCUGCCCAUAUACUUCAAUAAGAGGUCCCUUGGGAUGCCAAGAAUCAUACCAGAGAAAAAUAGUGUCACCUUUACCUACUAUAUGCUUCAUGAGAGGUCUAGCAUAUGUUCUAAGUUUUAGGACUUUUCUCCCACUCCAAGUAGUGUCUGCUGGAAUUCCUACUAACCAGAAACUCUUUUCUUUUAACAAAUAUGUUUGCACCCAUGCAACCCAAAUAGAGCCUGCCUUUGUGAACAGCAGCCAAAUAAAUCACAAAAUGCAAGCCACAUUCCAAUUAUGCAAAGGCUUCAAGCCUAAUCCUCCCUCCAUCUUUGGUUGACAUACUGUUGCCCAAGUUACCUUGGCUCCUCUUGCAUCAGCUGCUCUACCUUUCCAAAGAAAAGCAUUGCAAAUUCCCUCCACUGAUUUAAUUACUCUUUUUGGCAGAAUGAAAAUAGAACACCAAAAGUUUGUUAUGCUCUGAAGAAUAGAUGAAAUAAGCUGCAAUCUCCCUGCAAAUGACAGAUAUCUGGAAGUCCAUGAACUGAUUUUAUCAGUGAUUUUAGUGAUGAGAGGUUUUAAAGCAGCAUCUGUUAGUCUUCCAGUUAUAAGUGGUACCCCAAGGUAUCUAACAGGAAGGGUUCCCACCUUGAAGCCAUACAAAUCAGCUAGCUCCCUUAUUACAUUAGGCUGCAUUCUACCGCAAAAAAUUUCUGACUUAUGGUAUUUCACCUUUAAACCUGUGACCAAAUAAAAUUGUCUCAAUAUAGAAUCAACAGCACCUAUUGCUCUUGCUGAACUGUCUGUGAAUACUAGUAAAUCAUCUGCAAACCGUAGAUGAAUACUUACAUGCUUCUGUUUUAUACUGACAGGGAAUGAAGCUACUCCCAACUGGUCGGAGGAGCUCGCUUGCCAUUUUUAUAUAUUCAUCUAUGGUUGGUUUGGGAUCUUUUUUUCUCCGCUAUCUGCCGGGGUUGUUUCAGUCAGUACUUGCAGAGAUAGGAGUCAGUGAAGACAUGAUUGACCCUGUAUUUGGCAUAUUUUCUGCUGGUUUUUAUCAUUCUAUCUGGAGCAUGGUUGGGGUUUUGGGCUGUCCGCAAACUUGUCUUGACAGAAGAUGGAUCUAUUGAUUUAAGCACUUCCAAUUUUGUGGCUUGGUCCAUCUGGAUUGUGGCUGUCAUUAUGAUCCUUCAGAGUUCCUCUGAUCCCCUCCUGUCACUUGAGGUAUUAGUGUCUGGCAUAGUGGUUUCAAAAGUGUUGCGGAAAUUGAGAUUCUUGCGUCACCUGCGCAAGUAACAUUUAAUUUUAUUUCACAGAGCUCAGUCAUGUUUUAUCAUCAUAAAGAUCUGCUUGCAUCGCAUUCAAUAGAAGCCACUCUUUUGCUGGUACUCGAAAUUUGAUAGCAGAAAGAUAUGCAGAAAAUCAUGAUGUUAACUCUUAAUCUGAAGAAAUAUAACUGUUUACCUGUUCUUCUGAGCUUCAGUAGAUUAUUUGGCAUUUCCAUUUAUUUUUAGUGCAUUCAUGUGUCUUUUUAAUUGCCAUUAAAUUUCAGUGCAUUAUUGAUGUGGAUUACUUCCGCAGGAAGUUGUUCAAAUUAAUCAAAAACAUCUGCAGUAGUUCUGAGAUUCCUGGUUUUUCACCAUUUCAAGAUUCUUAUGACGAAUAUAUACGCAAAAGGCCAGAUGACUCUAAGUUCCUUAGGCAUCGAUCCAAACGUUUCAACCUGGCUUCAAGCAAUUCUCCUGUACAAGUUAUCACCACUACAUCAACUAGUCCAUUGUCAGAUAAGAACUCUUAUCCUUCAACUUUCCACUCAACUCCUCAAAGGAGAAAAUUCACAAAAGACGAGUGGGAGAAGUUCACACAACAAUCUACAAAAAAGGCUGUUGAUGAACUUGUUUCUUCACCCGAUUUCAGCAAAUGGGUUACUGCUAAUGUGGAUAGAAUCACAGUAACUCCAGGCAAAAGCCCUGCGACCAAUUCCAGUCAGCAUCGUCGGUCGCUCCUUUGGUUCUAAGCAUGUUAAUUCUCCCAUGCACGUUCAAAACAGUGCAUGUGUUUCCAGCGGAUCCAGACCAGGGUUCAAACAAUGAUCAGCAAGCAAUGAAUUAUGAUUUGCGGUUUCGAAACAACUAGUGCAAAUGCCAACAAUUUCCGAUGGAACCAAAAGCGCACAUGUUUCAUUUCUUCUUCUUUUUUUCUUUUUUUUUCUUUUUUUUGGUCGGCACCAAAGGCACACAUGUUAAAUUUUUUUCUUUUUUUUUUUUUUCAAACACGUUAAAGAAGUUUUGGAAUCUACCCUAAGCAAUGUGACUCCUGUUUCGCAGUAGCAGCUACAUCCUUUGCAAAAAAUCCAGCCUGUUUUGGUAUGAUUGGUCGGACCAGCUCAACUAACAAUCUUACUGAAUCCAAGCACAUUCAUCAAGGAACUAUAUCCAUCAACGAUGCUUUUGGAUUAAGGAUGUAAAUUCAAAUUUCAAACGCUGAUGAAAAAAUGAAAUAGAGUAAAUUCA